AUGGCCUUCUUCUCCCAAUCCGGCCUUUCGCCACUCUUCCUCCUCAACGACUACGAGGCUCCCAACCAAUACAAGUCUCGCAAAUGUCCCAAGUCUUACCAGUGCACCAAGCUCCAAGCUGGCAGCACCUUCACACCAGCGUUUGAUGUGCGCGAGUUCACCAGUGCCUACCACCUGGACGGCGAACUGCCAGGCGUGGACCAGAGCGACAUCGAGAUCGAAUUCACCGAUCCACACACACUCGUGAUCAAGGGCCACACAGACCGCGAUUACAAUAAUGGCAGCAAGAACAACGCUGCCAGCUCAAGCCGCAGCUCAUCUCCCGCAGGCUGGCACCAAGCGACAGUUGAAGACGAGGAUGCAGCGUCGACUAGCUCGGCCGACACCGCUGCUUCCAAGACUGCUUCCCACACCGAGAAUGACAAGCCUCACUUCUGGGCUAAGGAGAGGUCGAUCGGUGACUUCCAGCGCACUUUUAGCUUCACCGCGCGCGUGGAUCAGGACUCUGUUCGUGCUAGUCUGAAGAAUGGUGUCUUGUCUGUUGUCGUGCCGAAAGAGCCGACUCCUACGCCGAAGAAGAUUCCUAUCCUAUGA